AUGUUAAUUCAAAAGGUUCGGCCGCUGUUUGCGGCUAUUUUAAGAUCUUCCUUUCAAGAGGAUUUCAAAUAUUUAUCACGCUCUAGCAUAGUAUACCAUAAAGCAGCAUAUGAAGGUGAUGGCAAGACAACAGUGCGUAUUAUCAAUCAGGAUCCCGAUCUCGGACUUAUUAUAGACUCAUACGGCACAUUUGGCUUUCGACUCAACAAUGGUCUUACUGUGCUGGGACCUAUGGCUAUAUUUCCAAGGACUGUCCUAUCUUGGCAAAUUCACAGUUCAAACAACAUCACAGCUGAUUCACUUACAUUGUUCAGAUUGCUUGAACCUAAAGUGGAUCUUGUGAUAAUAGGACUUGAAACAAAAGACCGUAAAGUGUUAAACUCCGUGUUCCAAGCAAGUCGUGAAGCAAAACUGAAUGUGGAGAUUUUACCAACUGAACAUGCCUGUGCAACCUUUAACUUUCUCAAUGCGGAAAGCAGGUCAAUAGCAGGUGCUUUGAUCCCACCGUUGCACAUUGAAGUGAAUGAAGAUGACAUGCUCAACAGCAAACUGCACUACGGAAACCUGUACAACCGUCGGGAUGACUUAUAG